AUGGUUACACUGUCCGAUAGAUUGUCUGGAAAAUCAAAGGAGCCUGCUGUGGACAUAGUAGUAGAUUCGGCUGCUGGAGGGUGGAAGCCCACAUUGGAAGGGGUUAAGGAGGAAGAGGAGGAGGCUGAUUCUGCAUACAGCGAUCUCAACGAAUUCUCUCUUACCAUUCCGCCCUCAGUGGUUGUUGACGAUGAUCAUAUGUCCUUUCAUAAUGCUGAUGGGAAAGUUGGGGAUAAUAAUGCAGCGGCCGUCAAAGCAGCUUCGUCUUCGCUUUCGGCGCGCAAUCGGAUUCGUCGUCGGCAGGGAAGUGUGAUGCCUGAUGACGGUCCUCGACGGCAAACGGAGUUGUGCCGCUCUAUUGCAAACUGGCUGGCGGCAGCGGCAAAUAAUCGAAAGCUGCGGCGGAGCGAUGUUCAAAUCGUGGGACCGGUAGUUUCUGAUAUAGCGAGGCAUUUUGUGCAGCUUUGGAAUCACAUUAAGACAGAUAAACAUAAACAACAAAACAAAGUACAAUAUCUGCAGGUCACUGGAGAGGAACGCAGUAAGCACGAUCGGACUGCUCGGCUGAAGAAAAAUUUGAAGAGAAAAUUGAAGAGGAUACAGGAAUUUGAUGUUCGCAAGCACUUGGGAGGAGCGGACCUGUUGCAGUUGGAUCGGGCGAGGGCUAUGAGCCAGGAAAAUGCGACUAGUGCGGGAAAUAAGAUACCGGAACCUCCAGGGGACAUUCCGGCAGCCUCGCCGAUGGAAGGCGAGAGUGGCCAUGUUGUGGUUGAUGAGAAGCAAACGGAAGCGCAGACCUCUGAUGCGGAUCGUAGUCGCCGUAGACCGCCACGACAUGAUGGGUACGGCGAUCGUAUGGAUGUUCCUAAGAAGGAAAGCAGACCCGUUUUUUCGAGAGGGAACACUACUGGUAUGGCCAUCAGCAUCGAUGUGCUGAAUCAAAUCGAACAGGUCUCGGCGUUGUCACCGCAGCGUCGAGAAGGGGAACAUGUUGCGGAUAUAUCACCGAGGAAGAAGAACUUAUCGGCUAAACCAAGAUUCUUCGGUCGAGCCCGGACUCAUGGGCCGACGAUUCCGGCGGACGCACCGGUCCCGCGGCGGGCGGCCGAAUAUGGCGGAGCUGGAAGGGGCAUAGCUCAUCUCGAGAGCCGCACUGCGAAGAUUCUGUAUUUGGACGAACUUUCUGGCUAG